AUGAGCUUCGAAUCAUACUCUCAUUAAACCACCCAGUGAACAUUCAGAACUACACAAAUAAAAAUAAAAUUUUCUCACCACCACGUCUCAAAAAUUUUUCCUCAAACUCCAGUAUCAGCGUAGCUCCACCUGGUCUCGGUGUCUUGGUUCAUCACCAGCAAUACCGCGAUCAUGUGUGACUUUGCUGUCUUGCUCUACUCAACUCCAUUAUAUAGUAACUCUUUCAAGUUGUAUAGAGUGUCAGUAUGUACCGAUCGAUCCACGCGCGAGUACCUGUAAAAUACAAAGCUACUUUUUAAUUAAACUUGUACUCAAUAAUUAAUCCUUACAAAUUAUCUUUACCAUUAACUAUACAAUCAAUUUUUUUAAAUUUAUAGAACCUCGUACUUAAAUUACUCAUAAUUACCGAAGACUGAAAAUGUUUCACGUGAAAUUUGACAGUAAAUUGAAUUUAUUUAAAUGCAGAAAAAUAAUAAAUUUUUGAAAAAAACCGAAGAAAAGAAGUGAAGUUUAAUGGCAGUGACACGUGGCAGUGAAGAAAAUAGGAUUUUAAGAUCAACCUUAAAGUCAAUUACUCGAGUAACUUCAAUUUAUUGUUACAUACUUUUUUUAAAAGUAAUUGAUGUUAAUUCCCUGUCUCAAUCAGCAUCAAUCAUUUCUAUUUCUAUAAACGAUUCCUGGGGUCUUGAAAAAUAUCAAAAGCUGCCGAGAGUCGGAAAAUGCUGUUCGCUGAAAGAAGUGAUGUCAAAAGACGAGAACGGAAUGGCGAAAUGUAUACCAGCGGAGGCUCAGAAUUACAAAAUUUUCUCGCCCUACUUCAGCGACUUCAACAAAACUGGAGCUCUCGCUCCAGGUGACAAAAAGGACAACUUUGUUACAGUCGUUGGCGAUCCAUGUAAGCACAAAAGAUAUAUGUUGGAGCCUGAAAUAUCGAGUGAUGACGAGCAUUAUUUGUUACUCAACGGCUCUAUCUUUAGUCCACAUCAAGUACCCUCGAUGCUGGCAUUGGGAUCCGACUAUUGCAUGGACAUCAUUCCUGACCGGGGUCUGAGGACACUCGUGUGCUUCCAAGAGCAGGAUCAAGUGACCGGCGACUUCCGUCUGACUUUCUACGCCUGCGGUCUUCUUAUUUCAGUGCCCUUUUUAAUUCUAACUAUAAUUGCGUAUUGCAUCACGCCUAAACUGAUGGACGUCCAUGGCAAAGCGCUCUGUCACUAUUGUGGAUGUCUAGUUGUUGCUUUUACGACACUGGCUACUGUUCAGCUGGCGAGCGCGCAUCUCAAUGACCAGUUUUGCGUCUCGAUAGCUUUCGUCAUUCAGUUUUCAUUCGUCGCGUGUUUCUUCUGGCUUAAUGUCAUGUGUCUGGAGACGUACCUCCUGCUGCGGAGGUACAUAGACACCGGGAACUGGGCACCGACAAAGCCAAAGAAACUCUUCUUCUAUUAUUCUUUGUGGGCUUGGACUCCACCGGCAGUUCUUAUCAUCAUCUCCAUGGUCGCGAACCUCAGCCCGACGGUGCCUAUUGCCUUCGUAAAACCGAACAUUGGCUCCGAGAGAUGCUGGUUUGAGUCUGACGUCAAUGCGAUGCCGUACUUUUACGUACCAGUGGGUCUUCUGGUGAUCGCCAACGUCGUGCUCUUCGCACUGACAGCAGUAGAAAUAACCCGGCAUCAACGGGAACUGGACCUCCGACGUCUUCGGGAAAACAGGGAAUCAGGUCGAGAUGACCGACGUACCCUAAGCUGGCUGAGGCGACUGUUCCUCGUCUGCCUGGCUCUGUUCUUCCUGAUGGGCAUAAACUGGGCGAUGGAAGUAAUCUCCUGGUGCGCUGGAGGCGAUCCCCUGACGUGGUCUGCCUUCGACUUCGUCAACGCGCUCCAGGGAAUAUUCGUCUUCGGUAUCUUCGUUUUACGCAAACCCAUAAGAUAUCUCGUUUGGUAUCAAGUACAAAAAUUGCGGGGCGUCGAUUCAAACGAACCGGAAGUCGCAAGUAUGGAUCGUUGUUUACUUACAGUACUAAAUGUUGAAAGAUUUCCCCGCGAAAGGAUUUCUUGAGAUAAUAAAUAAUAUUUUUUAUAAAGACACUAGUGAAAAAUUAUUUAUUA